AUGAAGGCAGCGACAGCGGUGACAAUCGUGUCGGCGGCAGCUUUGCUCCCCGCGGCGCUCGGAUGGACCGACAGGUGGGACCACUCCAAGCGCUUCAACGCUGCGGGCCACGGUCAACUGGACUGUGACGGCGAAAGUCAGCCUGCGUCUUGCUGCAUCUGCAAGUCGAUCGUGUUUGAGAUCGAAACCCAGCUAAACAACACGGAGAAUGACCACGACAUGGAUGUCGUGUUCCGCAUUAGCGAGGAAAAGAAGCAGAUCAAGUACUCGCGCAGCGAGGCUCGCAUUCUUGAAGUUCUGGACGAUGUAUGUGAGCAAGUCCCGAUCGAGCUUCCGGGCAGCAACCACAAGGCUAAGCGAAUGCUCAAUGCUGCGUGCAACGACUUCGUCGGUGAGUACGAGGAUGAGCUUACUCGUACCUUCUUCGACGAUUUCACCCCGGCAAAGGAGCGGGUGUGUGUCAGCUCACUGAAAGGUAGACAUGUCAUUUCCACAGCCAGAUACUUAGAGCCACCUGACUAA